AUGGAAACGGAGUCACUUGAAGAAGACUUUGACGACGGCAAGUGGCCGUUUACUGGUGAAGGCGAGUUUGCAGAUGUGCUGAAACCCAAAGGCGUUGGUUGUGCUCAAGUGAGCAAGGUCCUUGCCCGUGCAGAUGAACACGCAGGCGAGUACUCGUUCGGCGGACUCGCAGAUACUUUACCCGCUGUAUCCGGGCUGUUUGUGGGCACUGUGGGCACCAUUCACACGCCGUUAGUCGCCGACCAAGCUGAAAAGCUGAUCGCUCUGUGUAAGAAGUCCCCCUUCGGCCACAACCUCGACACCAAGAUGGACGAGAACGUCCGCAAGAGCUGGCAGCUGGACGCGAACUUGGUCCGGUUCAAGAACCCGUUGUGGCAAGUCGGCAUGAACAAGCUGCAGAAGGUGAUCGCGGACCGCCUGGGCUACACUGAUGUCCCGUUGGAGUGCGUCUUGUACAAGUUGCUGGUGUAUGGGGAAGGAGGCCACUUCGUGAAGCACCAGGACAAGGAGAAGGAGGACGGGAUGAUCGCGACCUUGGUGGUGCAGCCGCCCAGUGCGCACGAAGGCGGUGACCUGGCCGUGUAUCGAGAUGGGGAGCUGACGUAUCGACACGAUUUCGGCAAAGCCGACGGUAGUGCAGCGUUCGCAACGCACUACGCUGUGCACUAUGCAGACGCGGAGCAUGCUCUGGAGGAAGUGACGAAAGGGUUCCGACUCGCUCUCGUGUACUCGAUCUGUCUGCCCGCUACGAUGAGGCACUUGAAGAGGACGGAGGAUAAGCAGUUGAGCGAAGAUUUGGCACAUGCGAUCUCUAGUAUGAGCAGUGAGACCAAGACGAGCGAGGUGGAGGGGGAUGCAGCCAAGCCCGAAGAUGCUAAGAAGGGGGAGAAUGAUGACAAAAAUCUGGACAAGAAGACGACGACAAAAGGUUACACAGCCACACGGAAGCUGCCGGACGACGGCACGAUAAAAUACGUCGUCGACGAGGAUGCGGAUGGUUCAUUUGCGCUGUUGCUGGUUCAUAAAUACACCACGAAAAGUAUCCAGAAUCUCGGUUCCGGCGCAUUGGAAGGCAUCGAUCGCGCGAGAUUCCACGCGCUCGAAGAGGCCAACGCUCUCGUCGCUCCUGACAAGAAACUUCGCUUCUUUAUUGCUCGGUUGGCGCAUGAUGUCAGGUACUACGACGAUGGCGGCCGCUGCAGGAAAGACGCCCACCGCGAGUCGAUGACUUGGUACUCGAUGGCGGGGGAAGAUCAGGGGCGAGUCAAAAACUCAAAGCAAAAGCUCAAUCUGCUCAACCCUGGCAACGAAACACUUGAGGAUCUCUGGUGGAAGUAUGGAAUUCUAACCAAGGAGGGCGGGUACACCGGCAACGCAGGCUCGACUAAAAUCACGACGUAUUCGAGAUACGCGAUCGUUGCCUGGCGAGUGGCGGAUGAUGCGAAGAAGGCGUUGAGGUUUUUGCCAAUGCUUGCCGCUGCGGAGGCACUGCGCGCCCAGAGACCGGUGGACGGAGCAGCACUUCGUAAAUUAUUCGACACCGCCAAUGUCAGACUAGAGGCUGAAAACAGGGACAGGGAAUAUUGGGAAGGAAGAGUUACGACAUGGUCGAUGGACUUGCGCGAGGUGGUGUGUGACCUUCUCGUUGACGCCGGCGAUAUCGACGCUGUGAAUUUAUUCUUCAAUGACUACUGUGGUGCGCUUGGCGGUCUGGAAGGGAAUGAAGCUUUCGUUCCUUCGAUUACCAAGAUCCUGCGCGCGUACAACUGGGAUGAAGUCGGUGAAGCAGUUUGUAAGGCACUGGGUGAGAGCGACGACAAGGGCGGCAAAGGCGGCUUGUCGGCGCUGGAAAUGAUUCUGCGCGUGAUUGACGGGCUCGACCAUGGUGCGGCUCGGCAGGCUCUGAUUGACAAGGCGAUGCAACAGACAACGUCAACCAAGGAUGAAGAUCUGUUCGUGUUGAGCUACAUUGGGGUGCUCUGGAAGGUGGCUAUCGACUGUGCCGACAAGACGCUGUUUGACGCUGUUGCGGAUAGGCUCAAGAAUGCAGACCCCAGUCUGCUUGGGCCUUCCAUUCAGUACCUCUCCCAGUACGUCAACAGCGCCGAUGCAAACGAUGAGAAAGCUGGGAUAGUGGCGUUUGUCGCUCCAAAGCGGAUCCAGUGGCUCCGAGACCAAGUUGAAGCGUUGGAGAAGCCAUUUUCGUGGGAAAUGCGUGAAGCGGAAUUUCCUGACAACGAUGAGAUUCAGUCGUUUCUGCGAGGCCUUGAGGUCUCCAUGGAGAUUAAAGGCGCGAAGAAAAGGUUUAACGAUCUCGAAGAGGCGAAGCAGUACGCGGCCGAUUGGGCGAAGAAGCAAACGAAAUGCUCUUUCGAGGCGGAAGGUCACGAGACAGACGGGGUUGCUUUUGUGACGAUCACGAAGACUCGCGACUGGUUCUUGAAGCAACAAAGCAACUUGGUGCUCUACAGGAAGGAACUGCGUCGCCUGGUGGAUCGUUUCGACAAGUCGAGUGGGGAUGUUGGAGAGAAGAAGCGUAGUCGUCACGACUAA